GCUCGCAGUUGAAAAAAAAAUGUUUGCAUCUUUUGCAGGAUGUUGGUGAAAAUUCGGUUUCGUUGAUUUAUAAUUCGAAUUGAAGUGCGUUAAAAUGGAUGAAACUUUUACCGUAAACUUGGGAUCAGUUAAACAGGAUCUAAUCCUGGGAAUGAUCGAGUGCCAGAAGCGGGGUCUGGUGCAGAGUGCCAAAUGGCUGGCGGAGUUAAGUCACGGAUUAAAUGACGUUUCAAUCGAACCCGCAAGUCGGCGAUCCAGCGAUACCCUGAACGCAGGAAUAUCCGACGAGGAGUACGAUGAUUACGUGCUAGCUAAAAGCUACUUCGACGUGCGCGAGUAUGACCGAUCCGCGUACUUUACCCGGAAUUGCAAUUCGCCGGUUCCCAAAUUUUUGCAUAUCUAUGCCACAUACAUGUCCAAGGAGAAAAAGCGCCUGGACAACAUGAGUGACAAUUCUAUCGUAAACUCAACCAGCCACGUUAAGGAUUAUUCGGAGCUGUUAGCUUCACUCCGCACAGAGCACAGCCUCCGAAAGUUGGAUGGCUAUUGUCUCUAUCUGUAUGGAGUCAUUUUGAAGAAACUGGAUCUCAACCAAAUGGCGGUCAAUAUUUUCGUUGAAGCCAUCAACGCGGAACCCACUAUGUGGGGAUCCUGGGUUGAACUGGCCCCUCUAAUUACCGAUAAAACUAUGCUCCAGAAUCUGAAACUUCCCAACCAUUGGAUAAAGCAAAUUUUCAUUGGUUACACCUACAUUGAACUCUUCCUCAACGACGAAGGAAUCAAAAUAUUCGAACAUCUACAGGUGGCUGGUUUCGGGAAAUGUAUCUUUGUCCCCACCCAAUUGGCCAUAGCCUUUUCAAACAAACGAGAUGUGGACAAGUCAAUCGAAAUUUUUCAACGGCUGCACGAGGUCGACCCCUUUCGGCUGGAUAACCUGGAUUCCUACUCCAAUUUACUGUUCGUAAAGGACAUGAAAACGGAUAUGGCACACCUAGCCCACAAAGCCGUGGACAUCAACAAGUACAGCCCGGAAACGUGCUGCGUAGUCGGGAAUUACUACAGCAUCCGGGGAGAUCACCACAAGGCGGUGGUCUACUUUCAGCGGGCACUGAAACUCAACCCCCGGUAUCUGUCCGCGUGGACCUUGAUGGGGCAUGAGUUCAUGGAGAUGAAAAACACCAACGCUGCUAUCCAGAGCUACCGGCAGGCGGUGGAGGUUAACCGAAGAGACUUUCGGGCCUGGUACGGUCUAGGUCAAGCGUACGAAAUCCUCAAAAUGCCAUUCUACAGUCUACACUAUUACAAAGCGGCCCAGCAGUUGCGUCCUUACGACAGCCGAAUGUUGGUGGCUCUGGGAGAAACCUACGAGAAGCUAGAGAAGGCAGCCAACGCUCUCAAGUGCUACCAGAAAGCAUACAACGUAGGUGAUAUCGAGGGAGUUGCCCUGUACAAUCUUGCCCGGCUUUACGAAAAGCAGAACGAAAUCGAAAAAGCCAUCCCCGCACUUUUGCGGUUCUGUUCCGACGAAAAAACGGUGGUCGAUAAAAGCUCACUUUGUCACGCGUACAUGACUUUGGGAAAUUUCUACGAAAAGAAUGGCCAGUUCGAUAAGGCGUCCCAUUUUGCAUACAAGUGUUUGGACCACGAGGAAUCGAAACGUGAGGCGGAAGCUCUCCUGAAAACCAUUGCCAACAAACGGGCGCAAAAAGCGGCCGCACAAGCCCAGACUUCCUCAGCAACCGGUACCGAAGCUCGGCAAGGGGAGGAUCUGGAGAAAACAUCCGAUAUGGAUCUGGAGGAGAUUGAGUUUGAGGGUAGUGUCGGACGAGUGGUUGAUCUGGCAAUGGCCCACGACGAUAUGCUGGUCGAGAACGAUGAACCGGAAUUCCAGCUGGAGCAAGCAGCGGAGCUGGAAAAUUCUUCCCUAUCGAUCAUCAUGGAGGAUGACCCGGAUCCAACUGAGUGAGUCUUUUUCUUUAGAUUAAUUCUAUAAAACACAUUUUGUCUUA